AUGCGGGCCAGGAGAGCAUGGUGGCUGGGAUUGCUUCUAUUCUUUUCACUCACGACUUUUUUUCCUUCUUCUUUUUCAAACUGCCGAGAGACUUGGAGAAAGGAAGGCGCUUUACAGGAUUUUUGGAGGUUUUCUUAUUUCCUCGCCUUUUGUUUAUCAUCAUUUUGGGUACCAAACCAUUGGGCGGUUUUAGACUUUCUUGGGGAAACGGGGGAUGAUACACACACAUUCUGGGAUGGAAUUAAAAGAAUGUGA